GGGAAAGGAGGUUGCACUUGCAGAUGCUUUUCUGAAGCUCAACAGCCAGGCAGACCUUGCUGCCAUCUUCGGGUUUGUAAUCUUCCCAUUCGGAGCAGAAAACUUGGUGAUUUCGCAGGCUCACUGGAGCACACCUGUGCUUUGCCCCAGCAUAGCCCCACAACUUCUGCAAGGCAGGAUUGCUACCUUCCUCCCGACUGCUCUUGCUAUUAGCACUGCUGCUGAAGCCAUCCCUGCAAAAGGGCUGCCUUUCCUUGCAGUUUUACACGUGAUAAAGAUUUAAGAAGAGUUCGUGUAGUAGAAUGGCAGCCCAUUAUUCACGGGAGCUCAUCUUGAAGAACUUGCUGUUGGCCAAGAACAAGGAAGAGCCCAGUAGCAAAUUGUCCUCCUGUUUCAAUUGUGCUCUAGAGAAACUCCAGAGGGAGCCAGUGUGUGUGAGAAGCAAUGCUCAUCUCACCAUUUCUGAUGGGCACACUUUGAUGGAGUUCACCUCUGGUAACGGAGAGUGUCAAAUAACAGUCUUCCACAAUCAGGGCAAAGUCCACUAUGAUGUCUUUGUGCCUUAUUGGGACCUCUACUUCUCUCGUCUUUGCACUACCGCUCAGCCCCUCAGUGUUGGGACUAUCCUUGGUAUCCGAAGCCACCUACAUUCUUGGGGUUCAUCUAGAAAAGGAUUUUCCUCCUUGGCCUGCUUUGACCUAGCAGUGGAAAGAUUUCCCAUGGAACCAGAUGCUGUGCAACGGGAUGCUGAGUUGCUGGUGGAGUGCGCUGGACAAGUGAUGAAGUUUAUCUCUGGUCAAGGAUCCUGCAAGAUUUCUGUCUUUUUUAGAUUUGGUGAGCCAACAUAUGAUGUCCAGGAGCUCAGCUGGGAUCUAGUCAUGGAGCGUCUCCGGACUGGGGUAGAACCAUUGACCACAGAGAACUUGUGGAGACUGAGGGACAAGUUGAGGACCACAAAAUGGGGAGAACUAAGGCGUUGCCUAGAUGAGGCCAUUGGUAGAUUCUGCAAGGAACCCCGUUGUGUCCAGGACAAUGCCAAGAUGCUGAUUGUAACCAGCAAUGACAACAUUGUGCUGAUCUCUGGGAAGGGAGAAAACCACAUCACAGUAACCUAUAAAUACGGAAUGAUAGAGUACCAGUUGUCAGAGCGAGGGUGGUGGGAGAUGGCAGCCCGGGUCCUGCAAAAGAAAGAAAUUGGAGCCUCUGGUUCUAUAAUAGAUUAGAAUAGUGCUGCCUCAAGAAACCAAAAUGGAAUGCCAAGUGGAUUGCACUCGUGUGGUCAUUGGUUUCAAUUGCCUCUGAGCCUGAUAGCCUUGAGCACACACAUAGUGUGGUGGCUAGGUCUGUGAAUUAUGAGUUGGGAAAUCCUGGGAUCAGAUAUUAUUCCAGCUAUUUGCUUACCAAGUGGUAUUUGCUAAAUUCCAAACUAGACCUUGACCAAACUUCAUCUGUGCAUGCCUAAUAAAUCAUUUAUCUGAAUCUUUCACAGCAAGCUCUACUGAAUCUUAGAGUUGUUGAAAGUCUGACAUUGUUUCAUGAAUUUUCUGUGUCCAUUGAAAUUGGAAAGUAUCAAACAUUUGAAUAUGUAAUGUUACUAUAUUCUGUUUUAUUAUAUAUUCUGAUUUAGUAAAUGUAUGUUGCUGCUGGUUUUCAUAUGUGAUAUUUGUUCAAUUUGAUAAUUGGCUCUUACAGGGUUUAUAUUUUUUAGUAUACAAACAAGUUGUUCUAGUAAGAACUAAUCAGCCUACUUUCCUUUCACUGUCUCUACAUUUGGACUAAAUUUGGUUCAAAUCGAGGUUCACAAGUUAGAUCUCUUGCACCUCAAAUGUUCAUGCAUCCACCAUUUUGGAUCAGGGUGGAUGACAUUAUUACAAACAGUACCAUUGAGGUGUCCCUGUGUGUCGCUCACUACAACUGUAUAAAAUUUAUGCGUCCGCCAUCUUGGAUCGGGGCAGAUGACAUCACAACAAAUUACACUGUUGAGAUGUCCCUAUGUGUCCCUACGACUGUACCCAGUUUGGUUCAUAUUGGUCCAGGCAUUGCAAAGUUGAUAGUGGGGGACACAUGGACACACACACAGAAUGCCAGGUGAUCUCAAAAGCCUACUGGAAAGUAGGCUCAAAAUUAGAAAUUUAUUUACACAGCUUGAACUGCUAAACUGCUAAAUCAGUCUAACUUUUUAAGAGAGUUUACAAUGAUAUAAUCAGUGUAGCUGAUGAGUCUUCCAGAUAUCUCCCCUGCUGUCUGGUGGGGGCAGCGGGUACUUUCUGGAAUAUUUUUGACACAUUUUUUUAAUUGGAACGUUCAUACAUUUUAAUUAGAACGUUCAUACAUUUAUUCAAUUUAAUUCAAUACAUAUCAAUAUAGCAUAUAUAUGAUACAAACAAACAAAACUAUCUACAUAUUAUUGGACCACUACUAGGAGUGGACAACAUCCAUUAUUCCAAGCAUAUCAAAAUAAUCAUGAUUUCCAAACUUCAUGAAUAGGAUCAGAGUUCUCUCCAUAACACUCUCUAUAAGAAAUACAUUUUUUCCAAAUGCAACAAAAUUGUGAUUCUUUUCUCAAAUUUUUCAUUAUCUUUAUCUGAAUUUUUUUCUAAAAUUGGCCAUGACCAUACCUUGUUAUACCAUCUUUCCACAUUUAAAUUAUCCAGCAGUUUCCAUUGCUGUGCCAUAAUUGCUUUAGCAGCCAGGAUUAAAAAGAUAACUAAAUAUUUAUCUUUAAGUUUAGUAUUAUUUCCUGUAAAAAUAUGUAAUAAACCCAAAUAUGGAGAAUAUUCUACUCUUUGAUUCAUUAUUUUGCUAAUUUCAACAAAAAAAAAAUAAUCUCCCAAAAAGGUUUAAUUUUCUCACAAGUCCUUUCUAAUACUGAAAGUGUUACAUACCAGUGAAGUAGCAUUUUCCAUUGAUGUUCUUAAAUAGAGGCCAAGAGAAAAACCCCUGUCCUCCAUAAUGAUUGCCAGUGCGUCUCCUCUAUAUUUUUUACCUAAAUCAAUUCCCCAUGCAUUCCUCAAACAUAUUGGGGGUCUCCAAUCUCUUUGUAUUAAUAUUUUGUAUAUAUUUGAGCUUAUCUCUUUAGUCUGAUCCAGAUAACGAAGUAAUACUUUCUCAAAAUUUGUGAGUGGGUAGCUGAACUCUCAACGCUACUAUCCAUCAAUAUGGAUGUAAUUUGAAACCAAACUAGCCAAGGUAUUUGACAUCCCUUUUGUUGUUCAAUCUCAACCUUCUUAUAUAACCUCUUAUUUCUAUAGAAGUCUCUUAUUCUAUUAAAAAAAAGUCUCUUAUGCUAUAAAAAUUUCUUUCCUUCAGCAUCCUCAAAUAAGCCAAUCUAUAUUUAUCUACCCCAGUAUCCAGAUAUGUUAAUAAAGGUGUUAGUGGAGAAAUAUCUCCUAUCAAUAUUGUAAAUUUUUCUUCCCAUAUCUGAAGCAUAUUUCUAGUGAAUACAUUUUAAAUUUUCUUAACCUCUUUACAUUUACUUGGAUGGAAAAUUAUUUGUCAAGACUCCUGAUUCCUGUAUCUCUUCUAUUUGUAUCCACUGCUUUGAUACAUCAUCCAUUAUAAAUGCAAUCAUAUGACUUAGUUGGGAAGCUUGAUAAUAAAGUUUUAAAUUUGGAAGUCC